AUGGAUCACUCCAGAGAUCCCUGUCCCUGGGUCGCCUUGUCCGACUUUGGCGGAGCAUUCUGUAUGGGUGCUUUGGGAGGUACAUUAUGGCACGGAAUCAAAGGAUUUAGGAAUUCACCCUAUGGCGAACGACGGAUAGGCAUGAUCACAGCCAUCAAAGCUCGAGCGCCCGUCACAGGAGGCAACUUUGGUGUAUGGGGCGGCAUGUUCAGCACCUUCGAUUGCGCAGUCAAGGGCAUCCGCCAGAAGGAGGAUCCAUAUAACUCUAUCAUCGCCGGAUUCCUAACAGGAGGGUCGCUGGCGAUAAGAGGAGGUUACAAAGCGGCCCGAAACGGCGCCAUCAUGUGUGCCAUCUUCCUUGCUGUCAUCGAGGGCGUUGGUAUUGGUGUUCAACGAUUCAUGGCAGAGUCAACGAGACUAGAUCUUCCACCACCUGCACCACCUUCAGAAUCGGGGCGUGUCGCAGCAUGA